UCGAAACGAUCUAGGUCUUCGAACAGUUCGACAAAAGCUGCAAGCACUGUAAACCUUAGCGAGACAACUUUCGGAUUAAGGCCGGCAGAAGUGGAAAAAGGAUUAGUUUCUGAUGUAUCCGGAUAUCCUUUGGGAAACUAGGAAUAGAUCUUGAAUUUCUCUUUGGAAAAUAGAAUUUCCCGGAUCUCCUUUGGAAAACUAGGAUAUUAGUUGGAUUUCCUUUGGGAAGCUAGAAGCAGUAUCCGGAUAGCUUUUGGAAAUCUAGGAACAGUAUCCGGAUAGCCUAUGGAAAACUUGGAACAGUAUCCGGAUCUCCUUUGGGAAACUAGGAACAGCAUCCGGAUUCUGUGUCGACAAUUAACGGCUUAUGAAAGUAUAUAUCUUCUUGUUCUUUCUGAAAAUGGAAAUCAAACUUUCUGUAUUUGUCAAACUGUAAAUGUCAAGUGUUAUAAUUAGAUGUAUCGUUGUAACGAAAACAAGUCAGUGAAAUUAAAGAGACUUUAGACGAAAUUUCAAAUGACCCCUCUAUUGAAGAGUGGCAUUGUCGAUUCAAAACGAUAUCCUUAAACCUUUGCCCGGGCAAAAAUUAUGAAAUCAUCUUUUUUUCUAUCUAAAGAUUUGUUCAUCAGGACCAAAAAAAGGAAAUGACCAGAAUUCAACACUUUUCAUGAUUAUUUCCCAGAUUGUUGCUUAGAUAAAAGAUUUCCACGUUACUGUUGUGAAUCCAACACGGAACUCUUUUGUUGGGGCGUCACUUGAAAUUAGUUGAAAAGUCCCGUAACUUACGAUAAAGAACCAUUGGGUAGGUUCUUUUUUAAUGAAAUUCCAGGGAUCAUCUUAAACAAUUUAAAUAUAGACCAGUAUGAAAAUUUAUUUAUAUUGACCAUUAGAAUUGUAAUGAUAAUGAAUGUCCAAUUGUCAGUCGAAUACUGAGUUGCAAAAUUAUGUUUUUUUUGUUGAUAAUUUUGCAAUUUGUUCUUAAGGUCCCAAGUUGUGUUGUUAAAGCUUUCAACGAUUGUUUGUGUUUUCCAUUUUUACACUUUUUGUUAAUUCGAUCAUGUAUGCCCCCUACUGGGCUGCAAUGACGCGUUGUGUUCUGUAUUCGAAGUUGCUGAUGUGCAAUAUCUUUUAGUCAUGUUUGAUCUCAAUCUAUUUAUUAUAUUUUUUAUACAAACUUAUGUCUAAUUGUUUUAUUGUACCAAAAUUCCCUUGAAUUCUGCUAAUUAUGAAAAUUUAAUGUUUAAGAUGUUUAUUGUAUGUUUUAGAGAACUUUUUAGUGAAUGUUUAUGAAAUGUUACUGUUAUGUAAAGCUAUGUGUAAACUGUAAAUAGUGAACACCUAAAUAUGUCACCCCCCACCCCUUCCCUUGAUUAAAGAGGUUACUUAAUCUACGGUCCCGUUAAGUAGCUUGAUAAAGAAACCAGUUUAGCGCAUUGUUUUCAUUUCUCCCAGAGCAGUACACACUACACAGUACACAAUGCGUUUAAUUUCGUUGCUUAAAAUCUAUUUUUAUCCUUGAUGUUAUAUUAUCUAGUCCAUUUGUCUAAAAAAUGUCUUUAUAUCUUUAUGUAAUAGUUGUUUUCGUGUCCACUGAUGGUGUAUAGUAUUUGUACACUACUAAAACUUAAAAGUAUUUGUUUUCAGAAGAAUGGAUCCCCCGGAGUUACCCGGGGGAUCACCUGGUCCACCUGGAGCCCCCGGAAAUGGACCUGGAGCCCCCCGACAUGGACCUGGUCCACCCGACCUCUGUGGUCCAGCGGGACUUCCUAUGUUUGGUCCUCCUUUCUCUUCACAUUUUCUUAGUGGGCUCCAGACGUUAGCAGGGCAAGGGAUGGUGGAGAAGUUUCAAAGCCUUCAAACCCUACCCAACCUUCAGAACUUACAGAACCUGCAGAAUUUACCCAACCUCCAUAACUUACAGAACCUGCAGAACCUACCCAUCCUUCAGAACCUGCAGAACCUGGAGGACGAGGAAGAGGAGGAUGAGGAACCUCAUGAGGAUCAGAUUCCUGUGGAAAUAGAGAAAGUAUACACAGAUAAUUUGAAGAGUAUGUGUGAGUACACGUGUCAAAUCUGUGGGAAAAUUAUGAACGCCUACUACCUUAGGAAACAUGUGAGGGAUCAUAACAUGAGUAUGACAACGUACAAGGAAUUGUACGGCAAAGUUCAAUUCACAAAACUUUCCUUCCAUAGAUGUCGUAUUUGUCAGAAUGUAAUAAAAGCUAACUAUAUUACGAUCAUGAAACAUUUAAAAUGUGUUCAUAACGUCUCCUUCAAGGAUUACAAGAACAAGUUCAAUAUAUUCAUUGGCAAGGAAUCCAAGCAGAUGUUUAAAGAAUCAGAGUUGGAGCUUGAAUCUGAGAUAGAUAGAAACUUCUCAGAUAAGGCUCAGGAGAUGUGUAAAGUUUCAUGUAAAAUUUGUAAUUCAGAAUAUCCGACUCAUCAGUUCAGAUUCCACGUUAAAAGUAAACACAAGCUGAACUUUAAUGAGUAUAGAGAAAAGAAUGGAGCAUUAGAAAUACAGAACAGAGUCUAUCAUAGAUGCAAGGUUUGCUUCAAAGUCCUGUUGUUCCAAUAUGAAAAGCUGGCAAGUCACGUGACAGAUUCUCAUGGGAUCAAGAUGUCUGCCUACGUCAGACUGUAUCUGGAGAAGCAGGACAAGGUCCCUAAAGCCCUUAAGUCCCCGAAGAAGAAGGAGGCCAAGGUCCAAGGAAGGCCUCGAGGUCGACCUAAGACAAAAGAGCUUCCCCCCGAGGAUCUUACUAAGGUUGAUCGGCCCAGGACUCGGCGCUGUGUGAAGGAGGAGGAGGGGAUCGAGGAGAAGAGGUUUAUCAUCAAGCGGGAGUUGGAGGAGAUCCUCAUGGACCAGGAGAUCGGGGUAAUUGAGGACAGCGAGGAGGAAACCAGGCGAAGUCGACGGAAAAAACCUCGAAAAAAAUACACAAAGAUGCGUCGACGACUUAAAUCUGAAUUGGACGAUUUUUCUAUCAGAGACAUUAAGGAAGAGUUAUUUCACGAUGACAUGUCAGAACUUGCUCAUUUACGGGUUGAGUGCUCUCCGUUAAACACUAUCAAAAUGGAGAUAACUCAAAACGAAAAUGAAAAUGAAGAAACUGAGGAAGUAUCUCCAAGGGCUGUGAACAAUCUAGUUAAUAUUAAAAAUCAAGACUACGUCGGUGCAGUAUCUGAGGACGAUGGGAAUGCUGAUGAUCUCAAAGAAAAAAGAAUGAUUGGGGAUGAAGUUGGAAACGGAAAUGAUUCAACUGAAAAUAUAAAUAAGAGUCCUACUGCUGAGAAUAGCGAUGUGAAUACCAACUCCAUUGAUGAGAGUAAGAGCAUAAAACUGACGCCUGUCAAUCAUUACACUGAGUUCACCAAGGAUUCUGGAAACUCUGUUGAAAUGGUGUUCUCCGACAAUCCUGAGGAAAUAUGUCUUUGUAAAUGUUCUUUCUGUUCUAAGAUUAUACCCUACGAUCUACUCAGGAAGCAUGUGACCAGCAAGCAUGGGAAGGUUAAAGAUGAUUAUGGAGAAUAUAAAUAUAUUCGUCUCACAUACCACAGAUGCAAGAAAUGUAAUCUUGAAAUCCUGUUUUCCUACAACAACAUUAAACUACAUCUUAACAGGUUUCAUAAAUUAUCAAUCAAUGAAUACCAGACGUCGUUGCAGGGAUUUACAGGGAAAAUGUUGACACUCAGAACUCUUAAGGCUCUGUAUAACGAGGAGGACGGAGUGAAACCAGAGAAAAGUCAAGGAUUGAAGCGAGCAUUGAUAAACCAGAUGCGUGGAGUUAAACCCCAGAGUUUCGAUCAACUUGAUCGUUCUCAAGAUCCCGGGUUGAUGAGUCCUGAUCGCGAAAGAUCUCCGGAGAAAGAUAGGAGAUGGUUUGAUGGGAACACGUUUUCCUGCCUGGAUUCCUCGUGUAAGUUCUCGUCCUACUGCCUGGACAACUUUGAGAAACAUGUUCAAAGCGAGCACAGGGUCUCCUUAGAGGCAUUUAAGGGAGAGUACAGGAGUACAGAGGUAACGAUGCAGUGUGAGUACUGUGGAGAAUCCGUGUACCAUGAGUACAGGAGUUUGCUGCAUCAUCUGAAUUCACAUUAUCUAACUCUGGACCAGUAUCAAACGCAUUACAUCAGAAUAAAGAUUGACGAGACGUCCAGUCAGAGUAAGUACCCUGAGAAGGAUGAGUUUAAUCUGAGACCAACGCAAAACGCAUCUCCUGCUCCGAUUCUAGAUAAGAAUCCUUCCUCUACUCCGACCCGUAUCCAGAGCACCCCAACCCCAGACAGUCAGAAUAGUACCAAUAACUCCUACACUGAGACAAGUACAUUGCUUGAUCAUCUUAAGAGAUCAGAUUUGUUCUCUAGAACCUUCUCCGAUACUAGGACAGAAUCUCAACAUUUCUCAGAAAGUUACAGAUCAUCAGACCCUUCCUUUCCGUCUAGCGAUCCUUAUAGAUCGUUUAACGAGUCCAGGGUAUGUGAGUCUAAUGAUGAAGAUGUCUACAGAGGAUUGAACUAUGAUCAGAUCUAUCCUAGAUCUGCGAGCUCUACAGCAGAACCUAGUCAAGGGGUUUACCAGGACCUGGAGCAGAGAAGAAACCAAUUCUCUCCGAACCCUGGGUUUGCUAACUCCGGUCUUCCGAUUGAUUACAGUCAACAUGUAAGUCAGAGAGAAACAUAUCCUGCUAGUUCUGAACCAGUGUCAUAUAUCUCUAAAAAUGGGGAUUAUUUAUCUAAAAACAAUGACGCAUAUCCGGACAAAGAAAUCGACUAUUCAAUAAAGGAUAACGCAUUUACGCAUAAGGACGAGCGAUACAACAUGAAAGACGAAGAUUACACUGGUAAAAAUGGUCUAGACUUCUAUAAAGAUGACGCAAGGACGCAGAUGAAGACGCAUGAAACCUAUUUUCGUUAUGUUACAUCCCAGCUCCAGGAGUACUAUAAUCGGAGACAAACCGGCGAAGAGGAGUUCAAUCGGCGGCAACAUUACGACCUGGAUUUUAACCAACAUCAACCCAGAGACCAGGAGUAUAGUCGCGACCUAAGUCGGUCAGCCGACGUGUUUCUCCCGGAGUUUGGGAGGGAAGUUGAUUACUCCGGGUCCCGCGGGGAAACUGUAGAGUUUGUCUACAGACGAAACCCAAGCUAAACUAGUAAAUUUAAAUUGUUUAUCCUUGUUAAAUCAUUCAGAUUAUUUAUUUAUUUGAUUACCGUUUUCGGGUUCUCUUGAAAUUUGGAAUAAUUGUUUUUUUUAUUGAAAUUUUACAAUUUUUGGGUGAUACAUUUGUGCUGCCAGUCUGACAAUUGUCGGAGAAAAUUUGCAUUUUUAACUUUUCAUUGUUUUAGCCUAUUGUGAUUUAAGUUUUUCAAGUUUUUUUUGUUUAUUAUAU